AGAACGUAGACGCCGGGCUCGACUGACUGUGAGCGCCCGCCUCUGGAGGACAUGCGCCGGGGACUCGACACGUGAUCCGCUCGCCACAAUCCAGAAUGGCGGAAUCCGUCGGUGAGUGGAUCCGUCGUUGGCGCGCUCUCCAACGGGAAUAAAGUCCGGAGUGUUGCGUCCGAUCGCGGCGGAGCUGCGGAGAGUUCAAUCUUAUCAAGCAAAGAGGAACUGACACACAGUGCUGGAUUACAGCCAGAGGGGGCGCUAUGAGCCUCUAAGAUCAUCCGUUCUUUCCUGUCCCGUGCCUCUUUUGACUCGUCUUCCCAAUCAACUGUGGAUGGUGACCAGCCAACAAGCCCCAGAGGAGCCUUGAGGUGUUUCUCACAUCUUCAUCUGCCAGGACACACUGCUCUUAUUAUCAACCCAGUCACUUCAGAGAAAGCGGCCACCGUCGCCACAAUGAGUUCCCACAGUCGCCCAGAUAGACUUCCCAGUCAAGAACAUCCACUGGAACUUCUGAAGCCAUCUGGAGUCAACCACAUUCCUCCUGUUGAUGUGAGUGCGGCGCUGCCACUGCAAGUGCCGCCUUCUGCCAUCCCCAUGGAUCUGCGUGUGGAUCACCAGUUUGCCCUGGCGCAGACGGACCCGGCCCAGCGCGAGCAGCAGCUGCAGCAGGAGCUUCUGGCCCUCAAGCAGAAACAGCAGAUACAGAGGCAGCUCCUGAUCGCAGAGUUUCAGCGGCAGCACGAGCAGCUCUCGCGCCAGCAUGAAGCGCAGCUGCACGAGCAUGUCAAGCAUCAGCAGGACCUCCUGGCCAUGAAACAUCAGCAGGAGCUCCUGGAACACCAGCGGAAGUUGGAGCGCCAUCGUCAGGAACAGGAGCUGGAGAAACACCAGCGGGAACAGAAGCUUCAAUUACUCAAAAACAAAGAACGCGGCCAAGAGAGCGCUGUGGCGAGCACUGAGGUGAAGAUGAGGUUGCAGGAGUUCGUACUCAACAAGAAGAAAGCGCUGGCCCAGAGGAGCCUCAACCACUACCUGCCCAACGACCCGCGCUACUGGUACGGGAAAACCCAGCACAGCUCCCUGGACCAGAGCUCACCACCUCAGACAGGGAUUUCCACUUACAACCACCCGGUGCUGGCAAUGUACGACCCCAAAGAUGACUUCCCGCUCCGCAAGACGGCAUCUGAGCCCAACCUGAAGCUGCGAUCCAGGCUGAAGCAGAAAGUGACGGAGCGCAGGAGUAGUCCACUGCUUCGGAGGAAGGAUGGGCAGAUCACCUCUGCAAAGAAGCGUUCUCUCGACAUGGCAGAAUCGGCAUGCAGCAGUGCUCCUGGCUCUGGUCCAAGUUCACCCAACAACAGUUCAAACAAUAUUACCAAUGAGAACGGCAUCGCUGGAUCAAUGUCCAACAGUCACGUGGAGCCAUCUUUGGCGCACAGACUCACAGGCAGAGAGGGUCCUGUUAGCCAGCUGUCUCUGUACACAUCGCCCUCCCUUCCCAACAUCACCCUGGGCCUGCCAGCCACCGGCCCCUCCAGCGUGGCGUCUGGCCAACAGGAUGGUGACAGAAUGGCUGUGCCAGGCUUGCAGCCAGGAAUACCCAUAACCACUCCGUUCAUGCCAGGAGCCCACCUGCCUUCUUACCUGACCGCGUCCAGCUUAGAGCGGGAGGGCAGCUCGGCACACAACACUCUCCUGCAGCAUAUGGUGCUUCUGGAGCAGUCGGCCGCACAGAACUCCCUCGCAGGCCUGGGGGGCGUGUCCCUGCAGUCACAUCCCAUCCACAAGCUCCGGCAGCAUCGGCCCCUCGGACGCACACAGUCGGCCCCCCUGCCCCAGAACGCCCAGGCGCUGCAGCAGCUGGUGGUUCAACAGCAGCACCAGCAGUUUCUGGAAAAACACAAGCAACAGUUCCAGCAGCAGCAGCUUCACAUCAGCAAGAUGAUGGCUAAGCCGAAUGAGCCGGGCCGACAGCACGAGAGCCACCCGGAGGAGACGGAAGAGGAGCUGAGGGAGCACCAGGGGCUGGGCGACUCCACGGAGGGUCAUCCUCACGGGGUCACCAUCAAACAGGAACCACCGGAUGAAUUGGAGGAAGAGUUCCAGCAGAGAGAGAGACAAGCCGAGGAAGAGCUGCUCUUCAGACAGCAAGCUCUUCUGUUGGAGCAACAAAGGAUCCAUCAGCUGAGGAACUAUCAGGCGUCUAUGGAGGCGGCCGGACUGUCUGUGACCUUCCCUGGCCAUCGGCCCCUGUCCAGAGCACAGUCGUCCCCGGCCUCUGCGACCUUUCCCAUUGUGGUCCAGGAGCCACCGGCCAAACCGCGCUUUACCACCGGUCUGGUGUACGACACCCUGAUGCAGAAGCACCAGUGCAUGUGUGGAAACAGUAACAUCCACCCCGAACAUGCCGGACGCAUCCAGAGCAUCUGGUCACGUCUGCAGGAGACGGGGCUGCGCGGCCAGUGUGAGUGUAUUCGAGGCAGGAAAGCCACUCUGGAGGAGCUGCAGACAGUCCACUCUGAGGCUCAUGUGCUGCUUUACGGAACUAACCCUCUCAGACAGAAACUGGACAGCUCAGUGACACCGAUGUUCGUGAGACUGCCGUGUGGAGGAUUCGGGGUUGACAGUGACACUAUCUGGAAUGAAGUUCACUCGUCCAGUGCUGCUCGUCUGGCUGUGGGAUCUGUGGUGGAUCUGGUGUUUAAGGUGGCUUCAGGAGAGCUGAGGAACGGCUUUGCUGUGGUGCGACCUCCAGGACACCACGCUGAGGAGAACACUCCCAUGGGAUUUUGCUAUUUCAACUCGGUGGCCAUUGCAGCCAAACUCCUGCAGCAGAGACUCAACGUCAGUAAGAUUCUCAUUGUAGACUGGGAUGUUCACCAUGGCAAUGGGACUCAACAGGCCUUCUACAGUGACCCUAAUGUCCUGUAUGUGUCUCUCCAUCGCUACGAUGAUGGGAACUUCUUCCCUGGCAGUGGAGCCCCUGAUGAGGUGGGCAUUGGUCCAGGUGUGGGCUUUACUGUGAACAUGGCCUUCACCGGUGGUCUGGAGCCACCCAUGGGGGACGCAGACUAUCUAGCAGCAUUCAGGACGGUGGUGAUGCCAAUUGCGAAUGAGUUCGCUCCAGACGUGGUGCUGGUUUCUUCAGGCUUCGACGCUGUGGAGGGGCAUCCACCACCUCUGGGAGGAUACAAGCUCACGGCCAAAUGUUUUGGCUACCUGACCAAGCAGCUGAUGGGACUGGCUGGUGGCCGGCUGGUGCUCGCGCUGGAGGGGGGUCACGACCUCACCGCCAUUUGUGAUGCCUCAGAAGCAUGUGUUUCUGCUUUGCUUGGAAACGAGUUGGACCCUCUUUCUGAAGACGUGCUACAACAGAGGCCGAACCCAAAUGCCAUUCACUCCAUGGAGAAAGUUCUGGAAGUCCACAGUAAAUACUGGCGCUCGCUGCAGAGAUCUGCCUCGACUCUGGGCUACUCACUGCUGGAGGCUCAGAGACGUGAAACUGAAGAGGCAGAGACGGUGACCGCCAUGGCCUCGCUGUCUGUGGCCAACAAGCACAUGGGAAAGAGGACAGAGGAGGAACCUAUGGAAGAGGAGCCUCCGUUGUAGAAGGUCUGAUCGACUGCCUUGCUGACCCUCUCGGCUCAGAGCCUCUUCAAGGCCUCUGACGUCGCUCUACUCUCUCCAUCCGUUUCCUUUUUUGUCCCACGAAGUGCGCACUUUGAGCACGGGAUCCGAAACGGCCUGAAGAAAUCUCCGUGACACCCAGAGUGUGACAAACGUCUGAGCCAUGUUAGACUGUCUCUGUCUGUGGCAGAAGUCCGGGAUUGUGUAACCUGGUCUGUCGCAGGGACGCUUAACUUUUGGGCAGGACAUAGACUCACGUUUCAUUGUUAGAUGUGAGAGCUGGUGCUUUUUCAUUAUUUUCCAGAGCCACUAUAAGACUGAUUUCGGCUGUUACGGCCUAUGUUUUUUAUUUGUCGACUCUCUCUGUUUGUUUGUCUGUCUUUCUUUUAUUCUUGGAGAAAAAAAGUGACUCGUUCCAUUCGCAAUUCGAGUCACUGCUUAACAUGGGUGGACGAUUUGAUUGGGAGAGAGAGAGCGAAGGAUUCUGGGAAGCCCAAUAGAAAGUUGUCAAUGUGAGUUUGUGCCUUUUGUAGAAGAGUUUCCAUGAUGGAUCCAGAAGAACAUUGCCUUAAACUAGUUAAAAGAGGGAAAACGUUUCGCCGUCUUGACGGUCAAAGGCUGGCCUGAAGAAUCGAGAAACCUUCAGCAUGUUUACUAGGAACUCCCUGCAGAUAUCUUCAUGUUUCACACACAUAAUGACAUGUUUUAUGUUCCUUCAUUUUCACUGUGCUUGUGUUGGAUGUUACAUGACUUUAAGUGUCACUGACAAACUAACUUUUAAGGUAGUUGCCAACUAUCAGAGGGCAAAACGUUCGAUUGAAUUCUCCAGCGCUUUAAAUGGCAAGCCAAUGUAGCGACUCGUUUCAACUCUAAUGACCAAAUACGCACCUCCUCCUCUGAAAAGUUGACCAGCAUGCAGCUUUCCAUCAGUUAAGAAUUCAACCGUUGUAGUUUAACAGCGCCGACAAGCAUGAGUUUGCUGCGAGCGUAUAGGAUAGGGCUGCGAUGACCACGCGUCAUACGAUUUGUAGUUUGAGACAAACUUUCUAUUUUUCCUUCUCUCGACAUGUUGUACUUUUAUAGAGCUAUGAAUGUCUAGUAUUUCGGUUACUUUACAGUUAAUCAAAGGGCACUAGCGUAUCACUACUAUUAUUCUACUAAGCAGAUGGUCGAUUUUAUUGACGCCUUUGAAACAAGCGGAAAAGGGCUGGUUACCGAUUUUAAAUGUACCACUGAGCCUUCAGACGUGCCACCUGGUGAGAUUUAGUGCUGGUUUCCUGUCGACAGACCUGAGCGAGGAGGGUUAUGGGCCUUUCGCUAGGGGCAGGUGCUACCUAACAUGUGCUCGUCACAUAACACAAUCCAGGAAGUAGCGGGACCACCAGCUUCCACUCAGAAAACAAUCAUAAAAGCGUCUCUGAGACGACUGUGAUACUCAAGACAAUCUGCAUGGAUCAUUGACGAAGUGUCGGAGCCAUGGCGGUACUUCGAAGCGCCACAUAGAACUGUAUAUAUACGCAAUUAUGCAUGGUGACAGUAGAUCAUUUGUCUUGACUUUGAUUGUACAUUCAACUUUUGGAUUCUGGACUGAUGAAGAGGUGAUCAUUUGUUUGAAAACCCCUGAUUAAUGUUUAGCCUCUCGGCAACUACCUUUGGCAUUCUUUUUCUGUGUGUCAUGUUCAAUAUGAGACGCAUUAAGGCGGGAGUUUUGACUCACUGUUGCCAUUGUUCCUUUUUAUAAAUGCCUGUCACGUAUGACUACUCCACUUUGGGUUCGUGCCCAUUAUUUUGGACUCAUUUGUCGUGUUUUUUUUUUUUUCGUUUGUUUUUUUUUGUACUUUUUGGAUUAUUUACUUGUUAAUUUGUCAGUCUGUAUGUAGUUGACAAUGUGUUUUACAUAUGUCUUUAGUUUCUUGUUGUAGAGAGUAACACGCCUUUUUUAAUUUGGUUUAUCUUGUUUAGUUUUUUUGUAUGCAGUGGGAGGGAGAUGCUUUUACUUUGUAUAAUGAUUCCGACAAUUGUGUAUUUACUACGUUCUGUUUAUAGUAGAUUUAUAUUACAAAGAUCUAUAGAUAUAUUAUAUAUUAUAAAGAUUGCAGACUCUAAUAAGAAAACUAGUAUUGCAAAGUGAUAUAUUUCAGUAUGUGGUCUGGCUUCGGCUGUCGCUGGUUCCACUGAAGGCACUGUUUAUUGGUUUCAUGCAUUCGCAGUAGCAUUACUCUGCCACCGUAAACUCUUGAUCAAACAGAUCUUCAUGGUUUCAGGCUUCAGUUUGACAGAGUGUUCUCUAAACUCUAAAACAAAAAUAUUAUGGACUGACACUGUACAUUUCCAUUGGUUAAAGUCCAUUCGGAUAGACCAACUAGAGUAGAUGCUGACAUCACAAAGAUCCCUCUGUGUGGUACAUCAAAGAUGGAUUUCAGUUAUUUUAGCGUAUUUUUAAGGUUUGAAUUACUUUAGCCUGUCAAGAACAUUUCCAGGUCAUAUUUCACCCAGAAAAAGGACAUAAAUGACAUUAAAAAAAUAAAUAAAUAAAAAACAA